AUGGCACCGGAACUUCUAAUGAAUAGCCCAGCAGUUACUGAAGCUUCGCUCGCUGAUUUCAUGAUGGCUGACAUAUGGGCGUUCGGUAUGGUUGUGUUCAAUUUAAUCAACCCAGGAUUACAGCAUCCGUACGAACUAAAUAUGAAGAACCACGUAAGAACGCCAUUAAUUUUGUUUCAAGAAUUUGCGAGGAAGAACGAGAGGCCAGUUAUGCAAUCAAAGUACGAAUCGCUGCAAAGUGGUGAAUGGGCCGGCUUGAAGAACACGUUUGAAUUGUGCACUACAUUUGAACCUUUGUCACGACCAUCCAUCAAGAAU